UCGCCCGGGCCGCACAGUUGUCCACAUGUGCUGCCAAGCUUGAGCCUUUGUUCACAAGGCCAAACUCAACGCGCGGCUUGAGUAUUGCACAGCCAUGUCCAGCCUGUUUGAAGCCGACAGUGCAGUCAGCCAGGCCGCCGAUACCCACCCCACAGACUUUUCCCAGACGGUGUUGUUCUUUGAAGAGCAGAACGAGCUGCUAGCGCAGUACAAGGAUGAGCUCAUCCUGCGCGUAGCCAAGGCCAAGCAGCGUUGCUCGCAGGACGCGCCAGGCGAGGACACAGGCAGACUGGCUAGCGAGAUAAAGGAGCUCAGAGCCAAGCUCGCCAAGGCCAGGCAUGAGCGCGAGGCCGCCGGCGCAGCCGCCGAAGCCCUCAAUGGCCAAAUCAAGGCAAUCAAGGCAACCAAGUCGUCCUUUGGCCGCCAGGUCACCGAGAAGAAGGGCGUGCAAAACAUUUUGCUGGCCAUCAACGGACUCCAGCUGGCCGAUGUCGCCGAGAACCGGUGCGAGUUUGUCUACGACACGUUCUCCAAAGUGCACCUUGACACGGCUGCGGAGUUUACAUCGCUGCACCCUGAGAUCGAUUGGAGUGCAAUCAUCCGCGACAGCAUCGACUCGACCAAGCUGAACACACGCCAGUACGCCAUAUCCGUCAUGAAGACCAACUCGAUCAUCAAGGAGCUGCUGGAAGACGUGAAGCGCGUUAAACGCCGGACGUUUGUCGAAAUUUUGUACAAUGGUGGUAUCCAAGUUCGCAUGCAGUUUUUCUCCAAAGACCGCCGCUUGCGUUUCUAUUUGCAUGUGCCGCUGGCGACCAUUGAUGCUUACCGACCAUUCACAGGGAUAAUCAGCCAACUGGAUAACAGAGGUUGUCUAUGGAAAUGUGGAUGGUGCCAGGUUCAAGAAGUGUCUGCACGCUGCACGCAUCAGCCCCGAGGCGCCGCUGCUUUCGAUUUACAGCCACAUCGAAAACUCGCUGGGUGCAUUUUAGUCGACUCAUUGCUUUUUUAGUAUUGAAUAUCAGAAAAA